CGUAUGUGAAAUGAGAGAGAGCGAAAGAGGUAUAGAGAGAGAGGGGGAGAGUGAGAGACAAAGAGAGAGAGAGAGAGAGAGAGAGAGAGAGAGAGAGAGAGAGAGAGAGAGAGAGAGAGAGAGAGAGAGAGAGAGAGAGAGAGAUAGAGAGAGAGUGAGAGAGAGAGAUAGAGAGAGAGAGAGAGAGAGAGAGAGAGAGAGAGAGAGAGAGAGAGAGAGAGAGAGAGAGAGAGAGAGAGAGAGAGAGAGAGAGAGAGAGAGCGAGAAGGGCGAAGGGAGGAGUGGUGUUGCUAAUAGAAAGAGGAAUACUUCUGACAGUUGACUUGCCGGACAACGGUCAAAGUCU